UAAAAUUACUACAAAAUAAGUAAAAAGAUAUUACAUUCCAUUCCUUGACUGUUGGAUGUACAUUAGGAUAUGGGGAAAGGAGGGAGAGAGUUGGGUCUGUAAGACUGUAUUGACUGACGGACAUGAUAAGACAAUAAGAUCAGUUGGCUGGUCGCCAUGUGGACACAUGUUGGCAGCUGCUAGUUUUGACGGUACUGUUAGUAUAUGGGACAAGAGACAAGAUUUUCAGUGUAAGAGUGUACUAGAAGGACAUGAGAAUGAGGUUAAGUCUGUGGUAUGGUCUCAGUCCGGUUCCUUCCUAGCAACUUGUGGCAGAGACAAGAGCGUGUGGGUAUGGGAAGUUCUCAGUGAUGGUGAAGAAUUCGAAUGUUCAGGUGUUCUGUUACACCACACUCAGGACGUGAAAACUGUUAGAUGGCAUCCACACGAAGACGUGCUAGUCUCUGCAAGCUAUGAUGAUACUAUUAGAGUUUAUAAAGAAGAGGAUGAUGAUUGGAGCUGUACAUGUACAAUGGAAGGACACACCUCCACAGUGUGGGGUAUUACUUUUGAUGAGUCUGGGAAUAGACUGGCCUCUUGCAGUGAUGAUAAAACCAUUAAAAUAUGGCGGUCAUACAAACCCGGUAAUAACGAAGGUAUUCCUACUCCUGAUGGGGAGACAGUAUGGAAGUGUUCAUGUACUUUAGGAGGACAUCACUCAAGAUCAAUAUACACUAUUGACUGGUCAAAGUGUUCAGGACUACUAGCAGCUGGUGGAGGAGAUGACACCAUUAGAAUAUAUAGAGAAGAUCCUGGUUCUGAUCCAAAUCAAUCUAACUUCUCUUUAUUAUGGCAACAAGAAAAGGCUCAUUCCACUGAUGUUAAUUGUGUCUCAUGGCACCCAAAAGACCCUCAGUUAAUGGCGUCUUGCUCUGAUGACAGAACUAUAAAAAUCUGGAGGAUUAUCAGUCAAUAAUAAUAAUAAUAAUAAUAAUAAUAAUAAUAAUAAUAAAUAAAAUUAAUUAUAACAUUCAUGUAUAAUAAACUCAAUUAUUAACUACUACAUGUGGUAUGGGUGUGGCUUAGCCUUAGGUAAGAAUUCAGGAAGAUUUGAAGCAUAGCUGAUCUGGACAGAGUUUGAGCAAAUUAUAGAAAGAUCUAGUUUGAGAUAAACUGGAGUAUGUCCAAUGCUAAGAUAGCAACAGUAGACCCAUCAGACGAGUCCAAGGCCCUCGAAGAAUUCA